GUUUGUCCGAAGCCGUUUUGGCUUCAGACUGAGACCGAAGAGGCGACCGGAGACCCUCCGUCGAAACACUACAAGUUUCUUUGUGACAUAGUUGUGUUGUAAGCGGCUGAACCGCAUAUUCAUCAAGUUAUAACUGUGUAAUAACACCGACAGAGAUGCCGUCCGACAGACCCUUCAAACAAAGGAGGACAUUUGCUGAUCGGUGCAAGGAAGUCCAGCAGAUCCGUGAUCAGCAUCCCAACAAGAUCCCUGUGAUCAUCGAGCGAUAUAAGGGAGAGAAGCAGCUGCCUGUUUUGGACAAGACCAAGUUCCUGGUACCUGACCACGUCAACAUGAGCGAGCUGGUGAAGAUCAUCAGGCGUCGGCUGCAGCUGAACCCCACGCAGGCCUUCUUCCUGCUGGUCAACCAGCACAGCAUGGUGUCCGUGUCCACGCCCAUCUCCGAGAUCUACGAGCAGGAGAGAGACGAGGACGGCUUCCUCUACAUGGUCUACGCCUCGCAGGAGACCUUCGGCUGCUAGGGAGGGGGAGGGGCGGGAGAGCGGGACAUCUUCAGGUGCUGGGAGGACGGGGGGGAGGUCAGAGGGGGACGCUUGAGGGGAGCAGAAGCCACCAAACUCCAUGAUCCUCUCCACUUUGUUGCAUUUCAGGCCCACGUAGCAGCAGCCCGUCACUCAGUGCACAUGUGACAGACACCCCUCGUCCCUCUCUUCUGUCGUAGUCGAGCGCCCUCUUCAUAUUGGUCAGUACGUACAACACUAGCUACAAAAGCCAGAGGACACCCCGUGUGUCUCUCCUGCCCUCAGAGUUACAGUACACAAUCGUCUCUGAGUGUUUCUAGUUUUACUUUCUCUCUCGUUCUUUUGGUUCCACGGACUGAGGUCUCUUAUUUUGAAAAAAGGCGGGACAAACCAACCAAUGGCUUGUGACGGAGUUUGGAAUCGGCGAGUAAAAUCGAUUUUCAUCCUUAAAACUAGACGCAAUGUGUUCAGGAAGCUAAACUUGAAACUUGCAAGCCAGUCAGAGUUCGGGAUGUAAUUUGAAGCUCGGCUGAUAAAGUCACUGAAACGCAGCACAGUUACCAUAACGAUCUGCUGUGUGAGUCUACAGUAUAUCCUCGUCAUGGCAACAGCAGUAGUACAAGCUAGGAGCGAGAUUGUAGUGAUUGUUGUUUUACCUUUUAACUUUUUUAACUCACUUUGUAGUUUUUUAAUGAUUGUCCUUUGUUGGAAAUAUUAGCUGUAGUUCAGUUUGUUAUGUAGCUACUUCUGAGUUUGUUUUAAUCAUACAUUUACCGUCAGCCUCAAGCUCAACUUGCCAACUCGCCACUGGCUACCGAGUAGCUGACAAUCAGGCUAAAGAUGACAGUAAUACAUUGUACACGUGCAAUAUUUACCCCCCCCCACACACCCUUUCAGGUUUCCACACCUUGACAGACACACGAGAACAGCGGCGCUGUCAGGUGACUCAACACGACUCCACCCCCUCCCCUGUAAAGCUACUGUAAUGUACGAACUGCUCAGUCACACAAGGGAAGUUAGCAUUAUUGCUAGCACUAGCCACACGCUGCUACAGGCAGGUCAACAGCAUGUUAACAGCCCAAACUAACAGACUGACCCUGAUGUCUUCUUGCCCCGUAAGCACAAUACACACGUAUAAUCACUACUCACCCGUCUUCCUGCACACCCACAUUUAACCACACAUGUUUGAUGUCAUCAACAACCAAUCAGGUGACGAUGCAUUAACGACCCAUCCAGUAGAUCACACGAGGCAUGCUCUCUGUUCCAACAGUUGUAAAGUUAAACGCUUGCUUGCUUUUCAUGCAAAAAAAAAAAAAAAAAUCAGUUCUGGAGGAAGAACAAACGUAGGAUUUAAGAAAAUGAGGCGAGCAGUUAUCUGGCUGGAAACUGACACUGUUGGUCAGGAUUAGCAGCACAGGAGGGGAUACUGUCUCCACAGUGGCAAACAAGGGGUCACAAGCAAUUACAGGGGGAUGAUUACAGGACGGGAUCUUUUUGUUUUGACACUGUGUUUUCUUCUAAGUUCCCUUUGGCUUGGACAGCUUCGUUCCCCGAGCCGAGCUGACGCAGCCUGCGCUCGGCAGGAGCGGACGCCAGGAAGUAAUCAGAUCCCAGUGAAGCUUUUCAGCUGAGGCGAGGUGAAGCAAGGCCCCGCUUUAAGAGCAUUUGACCGCCGCGAGGUCGACGCCCCCUCCUGGCCUCGUGUCAGACAGCUUGUAAGAACACUGCGUGUGUCACGGUAGCAUAGAGUUGAGCAUUAGACAUAAUAAAAUGUAUUUAAUGUUGGAAAUGAAUGAGCUUCUUUUGCACAUAAAUUAAUACAAAUAUAAAAAGAGUUGGCAUUGAGUUUUUUUUAGGAAUUCCUGUAUCUAUAUAACAAGUAUCUCUUCUUUUUGUAUGUACUCCUCCAGAGCACUGCUGCUCUCUGUAUGUUCUGCCUUUGUUUAAUACGACUUUAUAGACAAACGGUUGUGAUGCACUACAAACCUUGCAUGUUUUGACUUUUUUUUUAUAAUUGUAUAUUGAUUUUACGCAAUAGAUAAAAUUGUAUUGUAUAAGAAAGAAAAAAAGUCUUUUUAGAUGUUUCCCAAACCAAAAACUGAAAAUAAGUGUAUGUGUAUGUUUGAAACAAACGAAAAAACGUGUGCGUAUAAACGAUCAUAUAAUCGA